GCAGGAUAGCUAACAGCCAGGAGAAACGUAGUGGAAAAUGCAAAACAAUGAAAUCAUAAAACCUGCCAAAUACUUCUCAGAAUUGGAAAAGAGCAUCCUGCUGGCUUUAGUAGAAAAGUACAAGUAUGUGCUGGAGUGUAAGAAAAGCGACGCGUGAACUAUUGCCCUCAAGCAGGUGCUCGCCCAUGAAUACAACUCGCAGCCCAGCGUGUCGCUGCGGGAUUUCAAACAGCUGAAGAAGUGCUGGGAGAACAUCAAGGCUCGGACCGAAAAGAUUAUGGCUCAUGAAAGGAGAGAGAAAGUGAAACGGAGCGUCAGCCCCCUUCUGAGCACCCACGUCCUGGGGAAGGAGAAGAUCGUCAACAUGCUGCCCGAGCAGCUGUACUUCCUGCAAAGCCCUCCCGAGGAGGAGCCCGAGUACCACGCUGAUGCCGCCACCCAAGAAUCAUUUGCUGUUUCAAAUAGAGAACUGUGCGAUGAUGAGAAAGAGUUCAUACAUUUCCCAGUAUGUGAGGGGACCUCUCAACCUGAACCCUCGUGUUCAGCUGUCAGAAUAACAGCCAAUAAAAACUACAGGAGCAAAACCUCUCAGGAAGGUGCUUUAAAAAUGUUGCAUGAGGAAGAACACCAUCAACAAAUGUCCAUCUUACAACUGCAGCUGAUACAGAUGAAUGAGGUGCAUGUGGCCAAAAUCCAGCAGCUAGAGUGAGAGUGUGAGAUGGCAGAGGAGGAACACAGGAUAAAAAUGGAAGUUCUCAAUAAAAAGAAGAUGUAUUGGGAAAGAAAACUGCAAACUUUUACUAAGGAAUGGCCUGUUUCCUCAUUUAACCGGCCCUUUCCCAAUUCACCCUGAGACAUUGGGGUGUGGCUCCCUUGUAAUUAAUCUGUGUUGGCAAAGAAGGUCUGGAACACGAACUUGCGG